CCGCUCGGUGACGUCGAAGCGCUUCCUCUUGAAGCUCUCGGGGCCCCAAUAACCUCCCCCCCUUAUAUAAUCCCCCAUCCCCUCCCCUCCCCCGCCCCUCUUCUUCCCCUUCCCCCUCGCCGGAGCGAUGGCGGAGAACGGCGGUGCGCCACCGCGAGGGGCGGCGGAGGCGUCGUCGCCGACCUCCGCAGGAGCCGUAGCCGACGGCGGCGGCGGCGGCGCAGCCCUCGACGACCUCGCCAACCACCGAUUCAUAUGCUGCGUCUGCUUGGAUCUUAUCUACAAGCCAGUUGUUCUUGCAUGUGGUCAUAUUUCUUGCUUCUGGUGUGUACAUAAAGCCAUGCAUGGUGUGCAAGAAUCACAUUGUGCUUUAUGCAGGAAGCCAUAUAUUCAUUUUCCUAGUAUUUGUCAAUUACUCCAUCAAUUGCUUUUAAACUUGGAACCUGCUGCAUACAAAAGAAGGGAAAAGGAGGUGCUAGAGGAAGAAAAGCGACUUAAGGUCUACUCACCUCAGUUUGUAGAUCGUCUAAUCUCCAAAGAGACUCACUCUGCGAAUGGCAAUUGUAAGGAUACAUUUGGAGCCAGGAGCAGUACAGCUGCAAAAGAGCCGAGUGCUACAGAACAUGACCUAGUUGAUGAUGCAUCAUUUCCCUUGUCCAAGAGAGUUUCCACAGAUGAUGUAUUAAAGAAAGUUUCUGUGGAUGAUGUAUUAUGCUCCAUAUGCAAGGCGCUGCUUUAUAGACCUGCUGUUCUUAAUUGUGGCCAUGUCUAUUGUGAAAAUUGUCUACUAAGCUUGAUUGGUGAAGAAUUAAAAUGUCAAAUUUGCCAAAGCCCACAUCCCGGUGGGUUUCCGAAUGUUUGCUUGUAUCUGGAUAAUUUCUUGGAAGAAACAUUCCCCGUGGAAUAUGCAUCAAGGAAAGAGAAAGUUAAGCUCAAAAAGAUCCAAUAUCACCAAGGAGAUUCAUCAUCUAGUGCUGAGCCAGCAAAAAAGCAAGAGAGCAAACCUUUUCAGUUCAGCAAUAUAUGGCUGAAUGAAAAUGCGGCAAAUAUUCAUGCAGGAGUUGGCUGCGAUUCAUGCGGGGUUUAUCCAAUUAUUGGGAAGCGGUACAAAUGCGAGGAUUGCAAAGAGGCAAUUGGCUUUGACCUAUGUGAAGAAUGCUACAAAAGCUGCUCAAAUCUUCCUGGCCGAUUCAAUCAGCAACACACUCAGGAUCACAAGUUUGUUCUCGAUGACUCGCGUACGUUCCAAAGGAUUCUGUGGUUGGCGAGGGGAGCAGGCGAUCACCUGCAAGUUGUCGAGGAAGGAGAACACUUGGUUCAUGUCGAUUUAGAGUUAGAAGCUCCGGAAUAUCUCGAGCCCAGGCCGGAGAGCGACGGAGAUGAUGACGACGGAACAAGACAAGACAGAUCAGGUUCUCUAUGAUUCCGAUGUUUACUCGUAUUUAGUAUAUGCUUUUAUGCUUAUCUUAUCUCGAAUACCGAUAGGUAAUACCAUGAGCUUGGUAAGUUUGCAUGGUGGUAUAAUCUGCAUCGUCAAUGCUCAUGCGAUAUACCAUUCUCAAAAGUUAAAAGUUGUAUUUUCGAAAUAAGAUUUCUUUUCUGGGGGAGGAUGAAACAUGUUUUUGUGCUUGUUUGUUUGUUUUUAUGUGAGCAUUAUUCAAUGCGAGAAUCAUUUAUGAUGAUUUGAACAAAGAUUGCUUCAAAGAAAAAUCUUUAUGA